ACUGAUACUUCAAACUGUUCCAACUGACUGAAAAGGAGCCAAGUUAUUGAUACUUCAAACUGUUCCAACUGACCAAAAAGGAGCCAAGUUAUUGAUACUUCAAACUGUUUCAACUGACUGAAAAGGAGCCAAGUUAUUGAUACUUCAAACUGUUUCAACCGAAAAAGGAGCCAGGUUACUGGUACUUUAAACUGUUUCAACUGAAAAAGGGAGCAAUUAGUUACUGCAACAUUUUAAACUGUUAUCAACCAUGUGGGAUGUGGGCAUGGUUGUACGCUUAGUAUUGUGCUUAUUCGUGACCUUACCGGGAUUGCUGGUCGAUGGCAAGCAGACGGAUUGGGGGCACCGCGACUUCAACACAAGGUGUGACUCCGGGGCCCGUCUGACGGGCCACACCCUGCAGGUCUUGGAUAAGAUCAAGUCUAAAACUCGAUGUCUGACCCGAUGUUUUGCUCAUCCCGAAUGCCAGUCCAUCAACUACCUCUCGGGGAUGCAGGAAUGCUAUCUUAACAACGCCUUCUCAUCAGUGGACUUGACGGAAGAUGAGAAGUUCGUCUACUGUGGGAAAGAUGACGGAGAAGUAUGGGAGAGGACUGCACAGACCAAACUAAUCCCAGAUAUUGAUGACUGUUUAGCAGCCCCGUGUCUGAACGGAGCAUCUUGCAUUGAUGGAAAUUACAGCUUCACAUGCACGUGUGUUGACGGCUACACUGGACCUGCUUGUGAAACGGAUGUCAACGAGUGCAGCUCAAACCCAUGUAUGAAUGGCGGAACGUGUACUGAUGGAGUGGACAGCUUCACGUGUACGUGUGUUGACGGCUACAUUGGACCCGCUUGUGAAACCGAUGUCAACGAGUGCAGCUCAAACCCAUGUAUGAAUGGCGGAACGUGUAUUGAUGGAGUGAACAGAUUCACAUGUACGUGUGUUGGCGGCUACAAUGGACCUGCUUGUGGAACGGGUGCGUUGAAACAGUUAACUAGAGUCAAGUUACCUUUUGGGUCGUGUUAUUAUCUCAUUCGUCUGGUCAAUGGCGGCAGCCCAAAUGAAGGCCGCGUAGAGGUGUAUGAUAAUUCGGAAUGGGGCACAGUUUGCGACGAUUACUGGGAAAUAAAUGACGGACACGUUGCCUGCAAACAACUCGGCUAUCAGUCCGCUUCUGCGGUCUGGGAAAAUGCUCACUUCGGCGGAGGAGUGGGAAGCAUACUUCUCGACAAUGUAGCAUGUACUGGGGAUGAAACGAGUCUUUGGGAUUGUACUUACAUUUCGGAUCACAACUGUGUUCAUGGUGAAGAUGCUGGCGUAACGUGUAAUGUCUAA